AUGGGCAUUUUAACACAGGCUCCCGCCGGGGUGGUUCCCGGCACCAUCAAGAUCGACUGUCUGGGCGCCUACAUCGGCAACGACAUCAUGCUUGGCCAGCACAACCUGGCGCUGCUGCUGCAACUGCUGCUUCUCUCGCUGUCGCCGAAACAGGGCGUGGUGCUCCAAGGGCUGCCGUCGCCGGUGACGUCUGAGGACGAAGACGAGGCGACGCCGUCGAAAGUGAUUUACGAUACCACCAAGGCGAACCAGAUUGCCGACGACGACCUUACGAAAAAUAUCACUCUUCCGAGACACACGCUGGAAGUGGUCCACAUUGCCGUGGAUAUUGGUGGCACGCUUACUAAGCUUGUCUACUUCACCAAGGCUCCCGAAAGACCUAACGGCAGCUUGUGUCGUACUGGGGGUAAGCUCCAUUUUAAGGAUUUCCAAACGGAAGACUUCAAGCUGGAAGUGCUUAAGUUCAUGCUUAAACUCGUGAAAAAAUCGGUGAAAGAUCCCAAUCAGCCUCCGAUCACUUACGUGAUGGCCACCGGUGGUGGGGCUCACAAAUUCAAUAAGCUUAUGACCCAACUGUUUGCCAAACACCGGUUCCCGAUGCAAAUCAUCGCUCUUGACGAAAUGGAGUGUUUGAUUAAAGGGCUUGAUUGGUUAAUCACUAAGAUCCCCCACGAAGUGUUCACUUACGAUUUGAAAGAAGACGACACCGUCACUGUGCCGCAACACAAAGUGGAGAACGAAGACCUGAUCUACCCUUAUCUUUUGGUCAACAUUGGUCUGGGGGUGUCGAUGAUCAAAGUCACCGGUCCCGGCCCUCAAGGGUUUGAACGUAUCGGUGGUUCUUCGCUUGGUGGCGGUACCCUUUGGGGUUUGCUUUCGUUGUUGACUGACGCCGAGGACUACAACGAAAUGUUGGAGAUGGCUCUGCGCGGGGACAACGCCAACGUUGAUUUGCUUGUGGGUGACAUUUACGGCACCCUGUACAACAAGAUCGGGUUGAAGCUGACCCACAUUGCUCUGUCGUUCGCCAAAGUGUUUAAGAAAUUGAGAUUCUCCCAGCGCAAGUUCACCGCUGCCGAAAAGCUCGAGCAGUUCCGCCAAGAAGAUAUCGCUCGGCUGUUGCUUUAUCUGAUUUCCAACAACAUCGGUCAGAUCGCCUACUUGCAAGCGUGCCGGUUCAAUUUAAAGCGGAUCUACUUCGGCGGGCUGUACAUCUCGGGCCACAAGCAGACCAUCCACACCUUGUCAUACGCGGUGAACUUCUGGCUGAACGGCGACAUGCAGCUGUACUUCCUCCGCCACGAGGGCUACUUGGGCUCGGUGGGGGCGUUCCAGAUGGGGCCCACCACCGACGCCGACGCCGACGUCGGCACCCCUCACAUUGAAUGCGAGCGGGUGCCCAACGAUUUAGUUCACAGCAUCCUGUAG